UCGGUCGGCGCAGUUGCUGGGAUCGAGGCCCCGCUUCGCGUGACUCGCCGGCGCGGAGCGGGGGCGGACAGAGGCUUCCCGGCCCGGUCUGGCCCGAGCCGCGGCGCCAGGGCGGUCGAGCCUGCUCCCGAGGAGUGGCUGCACCCCGUGGCCUCUCCUUGGCCGGCCUGGACGGCCGGAGGCGGGGCUGCAGGUCCAUCCCUGCCGGCCGGCCGAGCACCAGCCCCGGGGGCCGUUGCGCCAGAUCCCGGGACUCGUGAUUCCUAUCUGGGGACCCCUGCAGCUCACAUCCACUUCGUAGACCCUUUGCGUGGGGUUUGACGGCCAGAUGUCGGAGGCCAUGGCGAUGAACCUUCUGGAGGAUUGGUGUCGGGGGAUGGAAGUGGACAUCCACAGGUCCCUGUUGGUCACGGGCAUCCCAGAGGACUGUGGCCAAGCAGAAAUCGAGGAGACCUUGAAUGGGGUCCUCUCGCCCCUGGGCCCCUACCGCGUGCUUAACAAGAUUUUCUUGAGGGAGGAGAACGUGAAAGCUGCGCUUGUUGAGGUUAGCGAGGGUGUGAAUCUGAGCGCCAUACCCCGGGAGUUCCCAGGAAGAGGCGGUGCCUGGAGAGUGGCCUGUAGGGAUCCCACCCAGGAUGCUGAGUUUUUGAAAAACCUGAAUGAAUUCCUGGAUGCCGAGGGGCGCACAUGGGAGGAUGUGGUCCGCCUGCUGCAGCUUAACCACCCCUCGCCAUCCCAGAACCAACCCUCGGAGAACUGGGCAGAAACUUUGGGGGUGCUUCUGGGGGCCGUGGUGCAAGUCAUCUUUUACAUGGAUGCAGAGAUCCGUAGUCGGGAGGAAGCUAGGGCUCAGGAGUCCGCUGAGGCAGAGGAGGCAGCAGCCUGGGCUUCAGCAGCUGUGAAGAAGGUCAAGAAGGAGCCAGGGUUGGCUGCAGAAGUGGGUUCUGCCUUGAAGAUGGAGAAUCCCCACCAUUGGAAUGACAUGGAAGACCAGGGUGACCCUCCCAAACCUUUAGUUCGCAGGGCUGGAGCUAAGACUCGCUCCAGGAGAAAGAAGCAGAAAAAAAAUCCCAAGCAGGAACCAGUACUCUGGAAAAAGCCCAAAGGCAACCGUCCCAGUAGCUCUGCCUUCUUGGAGAAUCGAGAGGCUGGGGAAGCGGAAAGCAUGGAGAUCGCUGAGUCUAUCAAGAGCAACAAAAAGCCCUGUGUGAAGCAGGAGGAAUCAGCUCUGAAGAAGCCUUUGGCAAAAAGUGCCUGGAAGGUUCCCCGAGAUCCACCUCAGGAGGCCCCGGGGGAAGCAGAGAGCCCUGGAGGCUCCACUGAGUCAGACCAAGAUGGUGGUCAGGAAAGGCCCCCAAAGAAGAAGGCCAUGGGCUGGGCCUCAGGAAAGAGCCCUGCCCCUAUGAGGAAGAAGAAGAAGGUGAGCUUGGGCCCCGUCUCUUACGUGCUGGUUGAUUCCGAAGAUGCAAAGAAGAAGCCGAUGAUUGCCAAGAAGGGGUCAGGCUUGAGGAGGGAUGUGUCAGCCCAGAAGGCCCCUCGAGGCCCACAGCACUUCCGGUCACCAGCCUCAACAUCCAGGGGUCUGAAGGCCAAGUCAGGAGGCUCUCCUCGUGCCUCCAAUGAUUCCAGAAAACUUUGAUUUGGGGGACCACCCAUGCCCGAGGAGUUGAAAGAAGACCAAGGAAGAAGUUCCAAGUUAGAAGCAAAGUUUUCUCUUGUCGUUGAGUGAAACAGGACUUGGCUCUUUGAGGGACCCAGUUUCUAGAGGUCUGGCUCUCCAGAGGUAAAUGAUGUGAGAUCUUGGGUCUUGGGAGGAAUUUGGGGAGGGAGGUGUGUGUCUCUCUGCCAUUUUCUCUACCCAGCCUGCUUUUCACCUCCUCAACUCACCCUCAGUGGUGGGAGGCUUGGUAAGUGGCUUGGGAAAAUUCUAGAAUGUUCAUUACCCUUAAUGCAUGGGCAGGGUUACUGUUUUGCUCAUUCAUGUCCAGCCUUUCUCCCCACCCCCUGCUUGCUCUUCUGGAUGGUCAGCUAACCUUCAGGGCCUGGUGUUUUGAAGAGCAGGGUGGCCGCUUUCUCCCCUCCAGCCUCCCUGGGCUGUGACUGGAGGGUGAGUUAAGCCCGGAUCUUGGGUGCAUACCUGGCCCCUUGGUUCCUGCAGUCUUGAGUUUCCAUCCUCUAGUUAUCAACCAGAAGAUGGUUAGUCCCAAGAGUGCUGGAAGAAUGAAUGUCUGCCUCGCUAUUGAAGUAGUCAAGUUUGAGAGUCUGUUGAUAAAAAUGGCACUUUGACUUCUGUUUUGGUUGAAGCCCUUUCAGGAAGCGUGUGGGGAAGAGGGGCGGUUGGUAGGGAAGACUGGGUCAUUCCUGGGUUGUUGACUAUAGUUCCAUCCUGAGUCACCAAACUCACCAUCUUUGAGGUGGAAACCACUUCUCACGUAGAAAAGGGAAAAAAAAAAUCUUUAAAAAAUUAGUUGUUUCUGCUGUCUGAAUCUAGACACACUAAAUCAGAACAGACCACUACGUCCCAUAGUGUGUGUGUGCGCGCGUGCAUGUGUAGGAGACCGGGCAGGGACCCCAAAAUCAGUGGUUUCCAAACUGUAUUUUGGGGAAUCCCAAGGCAUCCACAAAGACGUAAUCCAAAUCUAUUUUUUCAUGUGUUUUAAAGUGUUAAAAACAAUUGCUCAAAGGUGUCGUAACCCAGACCAGUCACAUGGAGAACUGUCAGAAUAUCACCUUGUGUUUGUAGGUUGACUUGUUUCUGUACAGGUCUCUAUCUAGUCGUUUCUGCCUUCUCUUUGCAUAUAAUUAAAUUGCUUGUAAACGUGACCUGCUGAGGAAGCUUGACAGUGGGUGGCUUGGUGCUGCGCAUGUCUGGAAGCCCCUUCCCGUUGUACCUCACAUGCUCCUGUUCUGCUGUGACCCUGCAGCUGUGUUGAUAACAAGUUCCCAUGUCAACCUGCGCACAGUAAUCUUCUGUCCUAGAGUUUUAGCCCUCACGAGUGUUCGUGGUCUUUUCUCUGACUUUGGUUUUUGUGGUAAAAGUGUGAACAGUUGUUAGAUGUUGUUGUGAUUCAACUUCAAGACAAAUUUCUUGUGACAAUUCAUUUCAAAAUCCUGCGUGAGUCCCACUGAAGAUGCAGAAAACAGGAAUGGCUUCCACCUGCAGCUCCUCCUCCGCUUCAAGGUGUGUCUUGGGUGUGUGCAAACAGCGCGGGGCUAGCUGGACUCGCGGGGUGACGAGGCUGCAGCUGCCCAGCUCCUGAAAUCCAAGUCGGUCUGUCGGGGCUUCGUUGUGUUAACAGGUUGACACCAGGAUUAGUAAAUGUCAAUGUAUAUGCAUAAAAUAAAGUUCCGCACAUCAAGUGUUGAGUCUUCUCUAUGGGUGGAGAGUGCGGGGACCUGCGAGGACUGUGCGGUUUGGGCAAAGGGCCUCCUGCCCUCUAGUCCCACUCUUGCACCCCAGCCACUGGUGCAGCCAGCAGACGUGGGUGUGGCCACAAGUAUUGGUAAUUUCCUAGGAGAAGAAGCCAUUUGUCCUUUGCUGUGGUCUUCCACCAAUAAGAGGAUCUCCCAUAGGCCUUAGGGUUUCUAGAAGUUUCUGUGAUAGGCAAGGGGUGAUGUGAAGUAUCUGGAAGUGCUAGCUUAGUUUUAAAAGCAACUGGAAAACAAAACCCCUUCCUCCCUUUCAUCACCUUAGGCAGAGGCUUAAGUCUUUCAGUUAAAAGUUUGUUUUCUUCUGUCCAAGCUUUUCCCCUGCCAGGGACUCCUGAACCAGGGUGGCCACAGAUCAGUCCCUGGAAUUGCUAUUUAAGAUGCCCCAUUUUUAUGGCCCUACCUGCAGAAUCAGGAUCUCUUGGCAUCUCUGGGACUCAGCAUUUUAAAUAAUUUCCCCUGAGGAUUCUGAUUCAUGCAACAAUCAAGAGCUGUAAGUGGAAUAAUCAAGACUGGGGAAAGGGAGUAUCCUCAGGGUCAAGGUUGGUGUUUUGCAACAGAGGACAUUGGGGAGGGAAAAUUCGAAAGAGACCAACAGAGAAGCUGGGGCUGGCGGACAGGAGCUGUGGACCUGGAGCAGCGUGAGGAUCCGGGAAAGGCUCACUCUUGGGUCUCCCAUAGCACAUGGGGACAAGAUCUUGACCUCCCACAGUGGUAGUUACUCCUGGUUAUACCCAGGCCACCAGGGGAGUCUGGAAGGCCACUGUGGCCUGAAGCAGGGGAGAUCUAGGACAGGGCCCAGGUAAGGGUCGUGGGCCCUCUGGGAAGCUCUUGGGGGGCAGUGACUGCUCAGGGUAUGCCUGGGGACAAGGCUCAGCCAGGGCACAUGGGGGGGUGGGAGCAGAACUGAGGAGCAUGGUGGACACCAGGAGGGCCAGGAGGGAGCUCUUGUCUGCUUGUGCUGUCCUCCAGCCAGGACCUACUAAGCAUCUCUGGCGUGACAACCAGGAAGAAGACAGACCCCUGCCCCCGAGGCAGGCAUGCUGUGAGGCCCACCGUGCAGUGCAGACAGGGUGCUGAGCACUGGCGACAGCAGCAGGCUCGGGUCCAGAGGUUAGACUUUUUAAAAAAUGGCAUGCAAUGAACUGCAGAGAUCAGAAGGGAGGCGUUGGAUGAGUUUUGACCUGCUGGCUCCUUGGUGACACCUCUGACGGGAACUGCAGCCUGACGUCCCCUCCUGUUUAUCCCUGCAGUGGUUCCCACAGACCGUGGUUUCUCUUUUUCUUUUUUUUUAAAUAUUUUUUUAGUUGUUGAAGGACCUUUAUUUUACUUACUCACAUGUGGUGCUGAGGAUGGAACCCAGUGCCUCACACGUGCCAGGUAAGCUCUCCACCACUGAGCCCAGGCCCAGGCGCAGAGAAUAUGGUUUUUCGACCAAGGCUGUUCUACCCGAUCGAGAACUUUGUAUAGAUGAGGUAGCAUAGGGCAUACGGUUUCCUUUUUGUUUUGGUGAUGGGGAUCAAACCCAGGGCCUCACACUUUGGCCUUGAACUUUUUUUUGUCUUCUGGCUGUUGUUGUUUUGAACUUUUUAGUCUGCUCUUUUUAGCUGCACUUGAGGGUAGAGUGUAUUUUGACGCGUUCGUUAUACAUACUUGGAGUGUAACUGAUUCUAAUUAGGACCCCAUUCUCGUGGAGCUGUGCAUUUCACUGCUGGUGUUUUCAUACGUAAACACAGGAAAGUGAUGUGCUAUGGACCUUGAACUCUUGAUCCUCCUGCCUCAGCAUGCGCCGUGUGCUGAGUUCAUUGCUUUUUAAAGGAAAAAGUAAUACCUCUCUGUGUGUUUAGAAAAAUUAACAUCAAUGCCAUGGAAGCCUGUUGGCUCUGUUCUCACUGUACUUAUCCCCUCUUUGGGUGAUUUGCCUGUUUUCUUCUGGAGAAUAGACUUUGAUCUACACCAUCACCAAGUUCAGGUCCAGAGAUGUCACAUGACUAACGGCCAGCCAAUCAGAGCAUUCCUUUCACCAGGCAACAGCAAUUGAUCCAAUAAGACUCCCAGGAGUUUGGCACUCUGAGGAAUAAAGCUUUCUUUCCUGGGGUUCCUGGCAGGUGUAUUUCUGGUGUGUGGGAGGCAAGUAUACAAGGAGUGGCAGGGAAAUAAUGAGGUGUAUUUGAAGAGGGGAGACUUCCUGGACCCUAGGCAAUAUAGUGGAAAGCAGGGCCAGAAGAAAGACAGAGAGUUUUGUUUACAUUAUGCGUGAGCCUGGAUCUAGCCAUACCUGAAAGCCAAAACCCUUUUUGGUUACAUGAGUCCAUAACUAACAUUUUUCUUUUCUUCUUUCUUUUGCUUCUCUCCCCACAUCUCCUAACAACAACCUGAAUUGGCUCAUGUCAUACUUGAAAUGUGGUGGCCCACGCCUGUCAUCCCAGUGACUCAGGAAGCUGAAGCAGGAGGAUCACAAGUUUAAGACCAGCCUCAGCAACUUGGUGAGGCCCUAAGCAACUUGUUGAGAACGUGUUGUGAUGGG